AGGAGAGUAGAGGUGUUGAAUGUGGUGUCACCAUGCUCUAACCACUGUUCUGUGACUGAGUGAACGCCUGGAUGUGAAAUAGUAUCCACCUACCUGCUCUCACCUCCACUCUCCACUCUCUCCUGCCCUGAGUCCGAUGGCAAAGCAUGACCCGAACGAACCCCCGCCUCCUUACUAUUCUGUUGCUGCUCACACCCAGCCCCCCCUCAAGACCUAUGAGGAGGUGGUGUACGGUGUUGGUCCAGACCUGACACCCUCCACCCAGCCACAUUACAUCCCCCAGUAUCCACCAACUGUGAUUGUUCCCCAAGUCACACGGACAUGCAAACCCCCCAGCAGUAGGAAGAAGAGAUGCUGUGAGAGUAAUGCCCAGUGUUACGGAGGGUCAGGGGGAGUCUUACUGGUGCUCGCUCUGCUGGCACUGGCCAUCUGGCUUGGAGUUCGUUACGGCACCAGGCUGGCAACAGCAGUGAUCCUCUACAACGAGGGCAAUGAUCACAAAGAUGAAAAUGUACCUUUGCCAAAUUAUGACACCUGCCCAAACAAUACCGUCCAGUGUGAUGGGAUAAGAGACUGUCAACUGGGCACUGACGAAACUAAUUGUGUGAGGUUUGGUGAGGACAGCAGUCUGCAGAUCAGGACAUCUCAAGAUGGCCGCUUCCUACCAGUGUGCUACAAAGGCUGGAACCUUAGCUAUGCUGAACAGACCUGCGCUCAGCUGGGUUUCAAAAAGCCCUUUGUCACCAGAGCAAUUAAAUCCCAGGGGUCCAUUGGAUUAACAUUGACCGGCAGAUCAUCUUUGCCUAUCCAGGGUCUGGUAAAAAUCAGUCCUUCCUGUGAAAACCAGGAGACCGUCUCCCUGCAGUGUGUGGACUGUGGGCGGCAGCAGUCUACAUCCCGGAUCAUUGGGGGCAGCGUAGCUAAGACAGGUCAGUGGCCCUGGCAGCUGUCGCUCCACUUCAGAGGAUCCCACGUUUGUGGCGGAGUCCUGAUCUCUCCUGAAUUUGUGCUGACCGCUGCCCACUGCUUCCCAAGAAGCGACUCUUUGGCUGUCUCAGCGCAGCACUGGAAUGUGUAUGCUGGAGUGGUGUCCCUGGACAGUCUGCCUCAGCCUUACCUGGUUCAGAAGAUCCUGCUCAAUGAGAACUACAACAGCAACACUAAUGACCAAGAUGUUGCUUUGCUCAAACUUACAUCUCCAGUUCUUUUCAAUGAUAAAGUUCAGCCAGUUUGUCUGCCAACUUCUGGCCAGCGAUUUCCCCAUGGAACCAAAUGCUGGACCUCGGGCUUUGGUUCCACUGUGGCAGGAUCAGGCAAGGUCUCCAAGGAUCUGAUGGAAGUGACUGUGGACAUCAUUGAUACACAAGUGUGUAACAACCCCCGUGCGUAUGGAGGCACUGUGACCGCAAACAUGCUCUGCGCUGGGGACCUGGAAGGAGGCAAGGACUCCUGUCAGGGUGACAGUGGUGGACCUCUGGUGUGUCGGGGAGACAGCCGCUGGUACCUGGUGGGGAUCACAAGCUGGGGAGCUGGCUGUGGCGAAAAAAACAAGCCCGGCGUUUAUACCAAAGUCGGCAGUGUUCUGCCCUGGAUCUAUAGCAACAUGCAGCAAGAGAGGCCGUGAUGUCCUUUUGUCUUCUGCGGGUGGUCUGCUCCCCUGCUUCCCCAAUGAACCCUGCACUAUGAAGUCGUCUUAGGGAGAUGGAUGGACUUGAACAUGGAUGAACGAAUUGAUGAGGAGAUGCUGUAGACAGAAAGACAGGCGGAUGAAAAGGGGGCGGGGGAGUGGCAGCGCGACUAAAUGCACAAGUCGAACACGGGACUUCUGUCUUGGUGUUCCGCGUCAUCUACUGUAUAUUCAUCCUCUGUCACAUGGCUGUUUUCUCUCCUACCUGACCACACUAAUCGAUGCAGUGACUUCAGUCUUGCAUUCUUAAUUUGUGUCCUCUGUCUCUUGGUGUCUCAGUCAUACAGUACACUUAUGUUUACCUACAGUACAUGUUAAGCGAGCUCUAAAGAUGGCUGGCCCUUCUCUUAUGUGUUCUGUGCCAUUCAAACAAUCCACUGUACUGUGUUCUCUCUGACUGCUUUGAGAAUGAUCCUCUUUAAGAAUGAUUUAUGAUUGUAGAGGUGUGUUUUUUUUUCCCCUCAGGGACACAUCUCAGGCUUUUCUAUGUUAAAUGUUUGUUAACCGUAUUACAAUCAAAAAGGACACUUUAUGUAUUCACUUUAUGAAGAAAAAAAGCAGUGUGACCCUUGACCCCCUUACUGAGCUGGCACUCUGUUGCACCUAAACCUGCUCUCACACUCACACUGUGAAAUUUUUCAGAAACUGUGUUCUCUGUGGCAUAUUUAUGUGGAUUGGCCAUGUUGUUUAACAGAAUUUUCUACUUGUCUAAUGUGUGGGAUCACUGAGCUUUAAACACUGAG